AUGCGUCUCCUAUCGUCCUUGCUAGGCGCAUGCCUUUUCCUAGGACUGUCCACUGCCGAGAAGAAGUCCUCUGAGCAACGAUUCAAUGAAUUCCACCAGCUGUUGAAAAGCUCCCCUUCUCUCCAGCUGAAGGAGACCUCGUACAAGUCAUUGACUUCGUCGCCUCGCGACUACAGCGUGGCUGUGCUCCUCACAGCCCUCGACGCGCGAUUUGGAUGCCAGCUUUGCCGCGAAUUUCAACCGGAAUGGGACUUGUUGGCCAAAAGCUGGCUCAAGGGUGACAAGGUCGGAGAGUCAAGACUUUUGUUUGGUACCUUGGAUUUCGAGAAAGGCAAAGAUGUUUUUGCAUCGCUCGGUCUUCAGACCGCCCCCGUCGUAAUGCUGUUCCCUCCUACCGAAGGCCCUCACGCGGCUUCCUCCGCCGAGCCCAUUCGAUACGACUUCACAACGGGCGCUGCUGGAGCUGAGAACAUUCAUGCCUGGCUUUCGCGACACAUGGCCGGCCGACCGACUCCUCCCGUAAAGCGACCCAUCAACUACAUGCGCUGGGCAACCGGAAUUACGAUUCUGCUCGGAGUCGGAACUGCAUUGGCUACUGCUUCGCCUUACAUUCUACCGAUCAUCCAGAACCGCAACAUAUGGGCGUCCAUCAGCCUGGUGUCUGUUCUACUCUUCACAAGCGGCCACAUGUUCAACCACAUUCGCAAGGUUCCCUACAUCGCUGGCGAUGGUCACGGUGGAAUUUCUUACUUCGCCGGAGGUUUCCAGAAUCAAUUCGGCCUUGAAACACAAAUUAUUGCCGCCAUUUACGGUUUGCUCUCCUUUUGCACCAUCACUCUGGCUGUCAAAGUGCCGCGCAUGACUGAUGCCAAGACUCAGCAAGUUACAGUCUUUAUCUGGGGCGCAGUAUUGUUCCUCAUGUAUAGCUUUCUACUGAGCGUCUUCCGCUUCAAGAACGCGGGCUACCCGUUCUCUCUUCCCCCCUUCAUGUAA